AUGGCUCCCAAGGCAGAAAAGAAGGUGGUCGUCGGCGGAGAGAAGAAGAAGAGGACAAAGAAGAACGUGGAGACGUACAAGAUCGACAUCUUCAAUGUGUUGAAACAGUUUGUUUUAAUAAAAGGGUUUAUUGCAAUUAGAGAUUUGAGCUGUGCAAGUGAAGUAGAUGAAGCUAUUUUCUGGUUUCGCAAAAUGGUGAGAAUGCGGCCGCAGCCCCCCAUUUUCGAAUUCACCAAACAAUUAAAAGUUAUUGUCAAUUUGAAACAAUACUCGGUUGCCCUCAAACUGUUCGACGAAAUGCGUGAACUGGGUGCCCCUGUAAAUGAGUACACAAUGAACAUCUUGAUUAAUUGUUGCUGCAAUUUGAAGCGUGUAGACACGAAAUUAUUUAAGCAACUUUUGAGUUUGAGACUUUGUGAGCCCAAUGAUUUUACGAUUGUUACUGUGAUAAACGGGCUCUGCAAAAAUGGACACGUUCUUGCUGCCCAUGAUUUGCUUUGCUUAUUGGAAAAGACUACUAUCCAUAAACCCAAUGUUAUGGCUUAUAGCGCGGUGAUUGAUGGCUUAUGUAAAGUCGGAAUGGUGGAUAAUGCACUCGAGCUGAAGUGUAGAAUGAUUGAUAAGGGCAUUUCACCUGACGUUGUCACAUAUAGUUCGAUGAUUCAGGGCUUGUGCGAUUUUGGUAGAUGGAAAGAGGUGAAACACUUGUUAGAUGAAAUGGUCAACCACAAGAUUUGUUUAACUGUUGUUACUUUCAAUAUAUUAGUGGACUCAUUUUGCAAGGAAGGAAAUGUUAAAGAGGCUGAAGAUGUUUUGGAAAUUAUGACGCAACAAAACAUUAGUCCUGAUAUUUUCACUUACACUGCACUGAUAGAUGGAUAUUGUUUGCAAGGGAAAAUGGAUAAAGCGAAAGAAGUUUUUUAUUCCAUAACGGGUAACGGCCUUAAGCCAUGCAUUGUCACCUAUAACUCUUUAAUCAACGGGUAUUGCAAGAAGGGUAUAGUGGAUGAAGCUUGGCGUCUUUUUCUCGAAGUUUCUUCGAAAGGCUUAGAACACACGACAGUUACUUAUAACACCAUGAUGCAUGGAUUAUUUAGUGAAGGCAGAAUUGCCGAUGGAUGGAAACUAUUCAACGAUAUGGAAACUUGGAAAGUGCAUCCUAAUUUACGUACUUACAAUACUUUGUUGGAUGGCUUGUGCAAGACUCAUCAGAUUGCUGAAGCAUUUUCGUUUCUAGGGGUGAUGGAAGACAAAGGAUUAAGUCCUAAUAUAGUCACAUACGGUAUCCUGAUUAGUGGUUUGUGCAAAGAUGGGAAACUUGAAGAUGCAAAAAAACUUUUAAACGAACUUCCUUCGAAAGGUUUGCAACCAAAUUGUCAAGCGUAUACCAUUGUUAUUGGUUCACUUUGUGAAGAAGGAUUUGUAGACGAGGCAAAAUAUUUGCUUGUGAAAAUGGAAAGAAGCGGUUGUGCACCGAAUAGCGUGACAUACAACAACAUAAUCCAAGGUUUGCUAAAGAGGAAAGAGGUUUACAAGGCCAUGCCAUUCUUAGAGGAAAUGUACAAAAGGGGAUUCUCGGCCGAUACAGUUACUUCGUCCAUGUUAAUUAAUCACCUGCAAGUAUAUAACAAAGAUGUUGUUCUUCUAGAAAUGAUUAAGAAAGUUGUACCGAGAUAUAAAUUAUUUAUUUGAGCUUCUGUAAUAAAAUAAAGUUUCGCUAUGUCUAUAAUGACUAGGUAUAGUUGCCUGUUGGUCUUUCUUUCAUGACUUGGUACGAUUUU